AACAAGAGUUAAAAUGCUGAGGAAAUGAAUUGCUAUCAAAGGGUACGCCAAAUUCCUGCAGCAAUGUUUGCAGCAAGGAUUCCAGACCAGCCUUUAUAAGGAUUACAACUUAUUUUACCACUGCUAGACAUGUGAUUGUACUAAGCAGAUUGUUCCCAAAACUACAUUGGACACGUAAGAAAGUGCAACAAAGCGCCCGGCAGAUUGAAAAAACGGAUAUGGAUGUUAUUGUUAUUUUUCAAAUCACCAAAUGUGAGGGACAGAGGAGGUAUCACUGAAAUCAGCAUUGGAAUCUUUCAAUCCCAGUCAGCAGGAGACAAAAUAGUAUUAGAAUGCUUCCUGUGAUCAUUAUUUCCGCACUUUUAAUCUUUGAUAUCUUUCGGCAAUGCGCCCAAUAUUAAGUAAUCGAUCUCUCGGUCUCUAUCUCAGUAAGAUCAUGAGCUGGGCAACAGUUAUGAGCCCUCGCCGCUGUUCCAUAUACACCUUUAUGUUACAGCGUGUUCGCUGAAGAAAAAUUAGAAACAUUUGACUGCGUAUCAUUCUGUAAUAACAUGUCACGUAUUUGUCCCAAAGCGAGCGAGAUAAAGUACGGUGAGGGAUGGAUAGAUGGGGGUGGGGUGUUGUGGAAAAUAAACGGUGCGUAGGAAAGUAAGUGGCUGAAUGCUGGAUCGGAGUUGGAGGAAGCUGCCUGCAGACGUUUGUUUGAAGAGAAACUGUUGGCGGUGUUAGUGUGCAUGUGCUAGAUUCAUCAUACACAUUAAGACGAGGGUAAGCGGUGGAUUGAGCAAGGUACUGAAUUGAUGGAUUGCCUCGAUUUUUGAUAGCAUUUUCAGGCUAUCUCAGCGGAUGAGGUGAUGCUGUAGGCGAUACAACAUGUAAAAAGAAACGUUACAGAUCGUGGACGCUGAUUUUCCUACAAACGUUCAACUGCUGUGAAUAAAAGCGAAAAGCUUGGCUCGCUGGUUAAAGGGGUUCGUGCCCGAAACUAAAUGGAUUUGAACUGGAAUAAUUUGCAUCUGUGGCUCGUUCUGAACGUAGGACUGUCAAAGUGCUGAACCUACUUAAUGAAACAAAGCUGUUCGUAUUUGAUGUGCUAAAAGCAACUGUUUCGCAAUGGUUUCGACAGCCUUGUAUUUCGUUCUGCCCAUAAUAGACGCCGUAGUUCGGAGUGCAGGUGUGGACACUAUCGCUGUUAUUAAUCGUGUUGACUGCGUAAAGGCCAAUGAACUGUGCACCAGUGACCCAGCCUGCAGCAGCAAGUAUCGUACCCUAAGGCAAUGCCUGGCCGGCAGCGCCAGCAUGGUUACCGGACCCGAAGCCAAGAAUGAGUGCAUUAGCGCCAUGGAGGGAGUACAGAAAAGCCCACUGUACAACUGCAGGUGUAAAAGGGGCAUGAAAAACGAGAAGCGGUGUCUUCGAAUUUACUGGAGCAUUCAUCAAAGUUUCAUGCAUGGGUUUACGAUUACUGGUCAUGAUCUGGUCGGUUCUCCCUAUGAGCCAUUGAACAAUAGACUUUCGGACAUAUACAGGGCAGCAUCCAUCAUCUCAGGUGCAGAACGGAUAGGUACGAAGGGGAACAGCUGUUUGGAUGCGGCCAAAGCUUGCAACUUAAACGACAACUGCAAAAAGUUCCGAUCGAUGUACAUCUCGCCCUGCACGUCCCGCGUCUCCGCGUCAGAGGUCUGCAACCGGAGGAAAUGCCACAGAGCCCUCCGGCAAUUCUUUGACCGCGUCCCUGCCAAAUACACCUAUGGAAUGCUGUACUGCUCCUGCAGAGAUAUGGCAUGCACGGAACGGAGACGGCAGACGAUUGUGCCUAUUUGUUCAUACCACGAAAAAGAGAAGCCAAAUUGCCUGUCUUUGGCUGAAAUGUGCAAGACAAAUUACAUCUGCAGGUCGAGGUUAGCAGAUUUCAUCACAAACUGCCAGCCAGAACCUCGAUCUGCAAGUGGUUGCUUAAGGCAGAAUUAUGCAGCCUGCUUACUUGCUUAUUCAGGACUCAUAGGAACUGUCAUCACCCCAAACUAUGUUGACUCAACUGGGAUAAGCGUGACACCAUGGUGCACCUGCAAUGGCAGUGGAAACCAAAAGGAAGAGUGUGAAGAGUUCCAGAAUUUCUUUAAAGACAACAGAUGCUUCAAAAAUGCCGUUUUAGCAUUCGGUAAUGGGACUGAUAUGAAUGCUUGGCAGUUAAUACCUCCUGUGCCAACCAUAACCGCAACCAAACAGAAGUACACCUCACAACCCAACAAAGAGUCAGUGACCCACGCCAAUGAAAUCAACUCAGUUGAUGAUGACAGUGUUCUUCCUUUGUGUGCAAAUUUACAGGCACAAAGACUACACUCCAAUGUAUCAGUAAACCAGGACUUUUGUAUUACAGAGACACAGAGCUCUUCAAAUGAUAAGGAGAUUUCUGCAAUACAAUCCAAAGGACAGACAUCUCAAGAUACUUCAUCUGCUUUCAGUCGCGAGGGUCACAUCAGCAGAGCGUUGUGGGUGAUCGCUAUUGCACAUUCAACUUUUCUUUCCUGCCACCCAACAGAAACUUUGUAGUUUAAUUUAAGGACCUGUACAAAAUAUAUUUCCUGUCCAUUUAAUUUUUUGAAAAGGCUAGAGAUAAUGUGAAGGCAUCCUGCUGAAGCAGAUUCAUUGUAACUAGUUGGGGGAGGGAGAAAGCUCGCUUCUUGUGAAUUAUGGGCUACUUUGUGCAAUCCUACAUUCCAAACAAAUAUCUUCUGGGUAUGAUGGGCCAGGAUUUAAUUAUGGCUGCACUUAUUUUUGACCCAGCCUUAAGCUUGGAAGCAGCUUAUGUUGAAUCCUGCAUGCAUUGUCCAUCCAACUGCUUAAUUGAAUCUGACAAGUUAGGUUAUCACAGCAGAGGCACCAUGCAAUUUCCUUUGAUACCGGGUUUCACCCCACAAGCGUUUUCACCUGAAGAAUAGGAAGAUUUACUGUAUUUUUUCAUCUUCAAUUAUUAGUUGGAUUGCAUCAGAUAUUUAAAUCUUAAUAUGUCCAAAUUUCCUGUAAUGUUUAUGUAAAUUGUCUGCAGUCACAGCUGAAAAACAAAAACCAUAUUACCCAUGUCACAAACCUUUGUAAAAAUUGGGUUUUACUAUAUACUGCAAACUCAAAUCUGUGAAGUGCUUAAAAUUCUUUAAACGGUGAUAUUUACAAAAUUAAUGAUUUAUUUUAAAGCUAGCCUUAAUAAAUGGAAGUUUGUAUUCCUUUGAACUUAUGUCAAUAACUGUAAGCACUUAGUGAACAACAUUAUCACAGAUCAAGCAUCCAGCAAUGUAAUAAGGAGUUCACUAUGCUACUAGUGUUCUGCAGCAAUCCGGACAAUGACCAGCGACCUUUUGGAUGGCAGUGGUUAAACAAUCACAAUUCAGCUGGAAAAUGGUUACAAUUCACAUAUCUGAAUUUGAUAGAUAAGUGGAAGACCAGAAGAAAGAGACGUUGAGCUGUAACCAACAGCGACACCGAAAAUAGUGGAAAAUAUAUGUCACAUUUUACAAUGGAGCAUUAAAACAUGUUUACUCAUCAAUUA